GCAGCAAAGAAAAACAUGUUAUGGGUUGAAAUUCACAAUUUGCUAGGAGGAGCUAAAAGUGUAGAUGAAAUAAAAGCCAAAUGGAAAUACCUGAGAGAUUGUUACUUAAAAGCAAAAAGAAAAAUGAAUCAAUACAAACCAAGCGGAUCGGCUGCAGCUGGUAUUCCCGAUCCUCGAUUCAGGCAUUUUUCCUUGAUGAAAUUUUUAGAUGAUUCCAGUGAUCGGCAACCGACUGUCAGUUCUUUGCCAGCAAGUCCUCAAUCAACUAGUUUACAGAGCACAGUUUCGACCCCUCGACAUUCGCCCAGUCUGGAUUCUAUACCAGCAAAAAGAAAAAAGUCAGAAGAUCUACAAAGGGGUAUAUUGGAAGCGUUGACAACGCCAACAACAAAUGAUGGUGUGGAUGGAAUAUUGAUUCGGAUAGGUGACAGCUUGAGGAGAUUUCCUUAUAGAGAUAGAACAAAACUAGAAAUAGAUAUACUUCAAAUGAUUUAUGACAGAGAGUGUGAAUUAAAUUUAUAGUAAUAAGUUACAUAUUUAGUUAAGUAUAUUUCUAAA